GCCCUCUCAGGAAAAACACAACGGCAAAGAAGAAAAGCAUAUGCAAAUCUUGGCGUUCACUCGCAUCUGAUCCAUGGAGUCGCCGCUCUCUACGGGCGUCCUUCCUCAAACGCUGCCGGUCUCGUCCGAGGAGAGCAAGGGCACGGUCAUCUGUUGCUGUCCAAGGAAAGCUGGAAGGACAGCAGGUUCAUUGCACACUUCCUAAUAUUUAAAAGAUGUCUUCUACUUCUCGUAUUGAAUCAUGUGGUGAGAUGAAGAGUCAGAAGUUGGGCGCACAAGGAGAAAGAGAUGAGCGCUUGUGUAUUGACUUUGGCUUUAAGGCCCAAGAUGUUAUGGAAGCAGCGGCUUGUCUUGAUGAAGCAGACCGACGUGAAGUUGAGCAACUUGGGUACUCAGCUUUCCUAAACCUAAAGUUGGGACCAAUCAGCCAGCGCAAGGAAACCUAUCUGUGUAUGAAGCUAGUUGAUCUGGAAGAGGAUAGGAUCAAGGUGCAGCUACAAAAUGAUGUAAUUGUAUACAUCAGACCAGAUGAGAUCCAUCAUCUCUUGAUGCUGCCCCAAGGUCCUAAGGCCCCCCUCAAGUACAAUUUGCAACAACAUGAGGACUUUGCACCAGGCUUGUCAGAAGCCUGCCAUAAUUCGAUAGCAACUCUCAGCUCAUCAACAACAAGCUGGCACAACUGCAUGUCCUUCAACUUAACAAGAUCGAAAUCUACAACCAUAGUGGCCUCCUUUUUAAUGCGAGGAUGAUACCCUGGGCAGAUGAACCUGUUGUACAAGAUCAAGCCGAAGACCUUCAAUGCUAGAUCAUCCUUCUUUUCAUCCAGAACAAGUUUCUCAAGAAUGUCAUGAAGAUCGUCUGAUUCAAGAUCUUUGUCCCUGUCAAUACCAAGCUCAUCCUUUAAGUCCCUCAAGGGGAUAACAUACUCUUUCAAAGGCCUCGGAGGAGAAUCAUUACCACAAGGGA